UGUUCGCCCACCCAGCUGAAUCGCCCACCUCGAGUUUCUCAGCACCGAGGGGCCCGUUCAUGCUGAAAUUUUGCACACUAGCUGCUAUUAUGUGUCUCAUAACAUUGCUAUAUUUUUUUCACCAAAAUUCGAACGGGAAGGAGGAUGGGUGUCAUUCUGCCAACGCACGAGGGCCCUCGCCGGUGUUCUUGUGUUCGAUCACGGUCAAUACUUACUUGAACUCAUUUCCUAUCGUCAACAACUCAAGCAUUCACUCUAUCGCUAUGAGUACGAAGAAAAGGUCCAAACUCGACCUUCUCGUUCGUGUCCGAUACUCCAAUCCACUACCUCCACCUCCAUGUCCUCCGAAAUUGUUGAACAUUCCCACCAACCCCAUGCGAUAUGCGCGACCGGAAUUCCUAAAUGCUCUGGCGAACGAGACGCCCCUGCCGAUGAUAGUUGACGCUGAAUGUGGCAUGCCGUUGGACUUGGGGAAAUACGAGUGUCUAUGGGAGGAGGAUGCAGACGAUUCUUGUCUUAAUCCAGGCCCUCGCAAUCUCCCAAAACUCGAUCCGAAAGAUGCAUUUCUGCUAGUCGACCCGUCUUCUUCGACAGGCGCUUACCCAGUGAACGGAGGCAGUCACCCAAGUUCAACUACUGUCCAUAGCACACCUCGUGCAAACGCAAACGUUUCAUGGUUGCGAAAAACGGAAUACAUCAGUCGAGACAGUACACAGCGUAAUGGAAUCCAAGAACCGAAACACGUCGUUUCCGCACCUAUCGACGUUUCACGGAAUGCCCAACUGCGGGACAUUGAAGCGUCCUUCGUUGCCUCCAAUGAGAACUUCUCUCUCGAUUCAUUAAGGCAUCCCAACAAACCGAACGUCACUGCCGUUGAAUCAUACCCAGUCCUUCCAGACGCCGACAUCUGGGCAAACCAAUACGAUCUGUUCAGGUUUUCAGAGCGGCCUGGAGAGAGGCCUGUGGACGCUGAAGACCCAAGACUGGAUUGUGCCAUUCUGCGACCAAUGAAGACGGAACAUGACUCUUUCCUUGCUUUCUACCUGACCCAAGAUGAUGAAUCUGCAGUUCAAUUUAAAAAGACGCGUUUCGCAGUUCCACCGUACGAGGUACCAGAAAAUCAAGAGGAAACAUUAUUCCACUUUGUGCGAGACUACGAGACGGUGAAAGUGGAACAGGAAGUGCCCAACGAAUUCUUGUUGGUGCUAUACGAUGGCGAUCCACCUGAAUAUGGCGACACAUUCCUGGACGGCAGUAAGAAGCCGAGAGAAACAGGGGCGUACUACAAGACCAUUGAACGCAAAAUGCACCUGAAAAAGAAGCGCGCGAAUGCCUACGACCAGUACGAGGAUAAGUGGGAGAUUAUUCGAGUACAGCAUGCGCCAAUGAGUAAUGAGGAAGAAGAAGAACGAGAGGAAGCUUUGGCCGAGGUGGCGGACCCGAUGUUCUUGCUGAUGAGAGCCGACAUGGACGCGGAUGGCGAAAUUGACGAGACUGCCACUUUCCCUAUGAAUGGGUUUGUCGAUGUUGUUUCAGGAGUGUAGU